AUGGGGUGCAGGUGCUGCAAAAUGAUACAAAGCUAUAUUUUUGAUCCAGAGGAAGUACAAUCACCUGGCUGCAUUCAUGAAGUAAACAGCUAUAAACGCAAUGAGCAAGGCAGCGAUAAAUCCAAAUUUAAAGAGAACAGUGAAAUUCAAGAACAUAAAAAUGAAUGCCAGAAGGAUGAGCUAAACAGAACAGAAAGUAAAAAUCAGGUAAAUAACACAAAAGAAACUUUCUGGAACCACAGAGGCAGUGAUUUCCAAGAGGAUGGUCUUGCGCUGUGUGUUGCAAAACCUGAUGUUGCAGUCAACGGUGGCAACUCCUGUGCCGGAGUGCAUCGUGGGCUCAAUCCCAACACAAACCCAGCGAAAGAAGCCAGUGAACAGGGAACCUCCAGCCAGUCAGAGGCAACUUCAGCCAGCAAUAGAGGCUUUUACACCAAAUCAAACAGGUCUGGCCAAGAACUUGACCCAGAGGCAGGCAGUCCAAGGAAAGAAGCCUGCAAUGAGCCGAGCAGUAUUCAAGAUGAGAACUCACAGUCUGCAGAAGACAGCGUCUUUCUCAAAGGCAGUGCAAAACUGGAGACACGAAACAAUGCCAUACCACUGCCAGAUAUUGAUUAUCCCCAAAAUGGCAAUCAAAGCAGGAACUAUGUUGAAAAAAAUAGCUUUUCAGUCAAUUGUGCACAUUCAGACCAAAACACUGGGCCUUCAGCAAUACAGGACCAGGACCUUUGCUCAACCCCACCUUCGCCUAUGAAGGAGAGGAGUAUUGAACCUUUAAAAAUUGACUCCGCAAGUUUGAGUGAGGGCAUUACUGGUGGUAUCAUUGCCAUGGGUGUUACCAAAGUAGCACAGGCACCCACAUCCCCCAACCACAAAGAUAUCAAUGGAGAAACUGAGGAAGAAGAUGCAGAAGUUGCAGCAGCUCUGGCUGCACUGGAAGCUGCAACUGCAGGGGAAGACCUGGAAGAUGACGACGAGUACUAG